AUGGCCCAUUGCUGCUUACCUGGCCAUCGCCUACACACAAAUCUGAAAUCUCCUAUUGCUAUGAUUUCCUUCCAUAUUCUCUGUUCCGAACACGACACAGUAGCAUACCAUCAAUCUUCCCCCAAAUUAUUCAUUCCUCUUUUUUUCCCCAUUAACAAUAUUAAUCAAUCCAAUUAAUUUCCAUGACCAUGUCCAUAACACUCUUACUCCAAGCCAACCCCUCCCACUUGAAAUGGAACCAGUUACCUUCCCUUCCACGUCGCACAAGGCCCGACCGUUUCACUCCAAUACCCGACUCGAAACGCCGCGUUUCAAGCGUCAAAUGUAUCUCCUCGUCGCGGAAGCCGGAUAACACGUUUAGUUUGCAGUCCCCGUGGGAGGUUCUGGCGAGCACGGUGUCGAACACGCUGAAGGCGCUGAAGAAACCGGCCAUAGCUGCGGUGUUGGUGGGGCUGUUAUUAAUGUACGAUCCAACUUGCGCCUUCGCGGCAUCUGGAGGGAGAAUGGGAGGAAGGUCGUUUUCUUCGUCUUCUUCUUCGUCUAGGAGUUAUUCAGUGCCGAGGACGUCAAGCUCAGGGUUCUCUUUUUCGGCGCCGUAUUACGGGCCUUCUCCGUUCGGUGGGGUUUAUGUGGGUCCCGCCGUGGGGGUCGGAGUCGGUGCUGGCUCGAGUUUCUUUCUCAUCUUAGUGGGAUUCCUGGCUUUUGUUUUGGUUUCUGGCUUUCUUUCGGAUCGCUCAGAGGGUAGUGUGCUCACUGCUGCCGACAAAACCACCGUGCUCAAGCUUCAGGUUGGAUUGUUGGGGAUGGGUCGCACACUUCAAAGGGAUCUGAAUAGGAUUGCAGAAGUUGCUGAUACAUCAACUUCAGAAGGUCUGCAUUAUGUAUUGACAGAGACAACCCUAGCUUUGCUUCGGCAUCCUGAUUACUGUAUCUCAGCAUAUUCAUCUGUGGACAUAAAGCGGGGUAUUGAAGAUGGGGAGAAACGUUUCAAUCAACUUUCAAUUGAAGAGCGGGGCAAGUUUGAUGAAGAGACACUAGUCAAUGUUAAUAACAUAAAGAGACAAAGCACAAGAAGCCAGAGAGCGAAUGGGUUCAGCAAUGAAUACAUAGUGAUAACAAUAUUGGCAGCUGCCGAAGGAGAACAUAAACUUCCUAGCAUCAAUGGAAGUGGAGACCUGAAGGAAGCUUUACAGAAACUUGGAUCCAUUCCAUCGAGCAGAUUAUUGGCAGUUGAGGUGUUAUGGACACCACAGAAUGAGAACGAUACUCUCUCAGAACGUGAGUUACUUGAAGAUUACCCACUUUUACGGCCUUUGUAAGUUGUGAAGGUAUGCUUGUCAUUCUGCUUCUAGCCUUCUAGAGCUAUGAACUGAAAUUGGGUUGUGAUUGCACAAUUAAGGAUCAUCUCCAGUAGUACUGAAAUAAUAUCGUUAAAACUGAUGAGAUUGUCCUGCUACUCAAUCUGCAAGGCAAUUUUCAGCUGCGGCUAAUGACGUUGUAUCACUUAUAAAGGUUCAAUAUUAAAUAUUGAUGGCAUUAGUUGUAAAAAUUACCAGUAGGAUCAACUCUAAAGAAUAUGUACAAUAUUAUAGAGAAUCAUUUUAUCAUUGAAAUAGGUGUUCUUUCUGUUUAGAAAUUACUCUGCUGUAGUCGGUGAACUUUUCCAGAUUUUAUUCGUGCAUGACUCUGAGAAUACAUUCUCUUAAUUUUAUUUUAUUUUUAAGUUUGGAAAGGUA